CCGGUGCGGUGCAGCCGCGGAUGGAUGCUGCGGGAAGGGGCUGCCAUUUGCUGCCCCUGCCAGUCGCGCGCGGACCCGCCGGCUCUCCUGCAGCGGCGGCCGCCAGCGCCGUCAGCCGGCCCGGCCUCUGCGGCGCCGCCGCCUCGCCUCCCUCCGCGGCCGCAGGAGCGGUCGCCAUGAACCCCAGCUCCUCGGCGGGCGAGGAGAAGGGGGCGACAGGCGGCAGCAGCAGCGGCGGAAGCGGAGCCGGGAGCUGCUGCCUGGGCGCCGAGGGCGGCGCGGACCCGCGGGGCGCGGGGGCAGCGGCGGCGGCCGGGGCCGCUGCCCUGGAAGAGCCCGCGGCCGCCGGCCCGAAAGAGAAGGACGAGGCGCUGGAGGAGAAGCUGAGGAACUUAACUUUCCGGAAGCAGGUCUCUUACAGGAAAGCCAUCUCCCGGGCAGGCCUGCAGCACCUGGCUCCCGCGCAUCCCCUCAGCCUUCCUGUGGCAAACGGUCCAGCCAAGGAGCCCAGAGCGACUCUGGACUGGAGUGAGAAUGCCGUGAAUGGAGAGCACCUGUGGCUGGAGACCAACGUCUCAGGAGACCUGUGCUACCUGGGAGAGGAGAACUGCCAAGUCAGAUUUGCAAAAUCGGCUCUCAGGAGGAAGUGUGCGGUCUGUAAGAUCGUGGUCCACACCGCCUGCAUUGAACAGCUAGAAAAGAUUAAUUUCAGAUGUAAACCAACAUUUCGAGAAGGGGGCUCAAGAUCGCCAAGAGAAAAUUUUGUGCGUCAUCACUGGGUGCACAGGCGUCGACAGGAGGGGAAAUGUAAGCAGUGUGGUAAGGGCUUCCAGCAAAAGUUCUCCUUCCACAGUAAAGAGAUUGUGGCUAUCAGCUGUUCCUGGUGCAAGCAGGCGUUUCACAAUAAGGUGACCUGCUUCAUGCUGCAUCACAUUGAGGAACCCUGCUCCCUGGGGGCUCAUGCUGCUGUUAUUGUCCCACCCACCUGGAUCAUUAAGGUGAAGAAACCUCAGAACUCCCUGAAGGCUUCAAAUCGGAAGAAGAAGAGAACAAGCUUUAAAAGAAAAGCCAGUAAAAGAGGAACUGAACAGGAAAACAAAGGUCGUCCUUUUGUAAUAAAACCUAUCUCUUCUCCUCUCAUGAAACCCUUGCUUGUGUUUGUGAACCCCAAGAGUGGAGGCAACCAGGGAACCAAAGUCCUGCAGAUGUUCAUGUGGUACCUGAAUCCACGGCAAGUCUUUGAUCUUUCUCAGGAAGGGCCAAAAGAUGCGCUUGAGUUGUAUAGGAAAGUACCAAAUCUGCGAAUUCUGGCCUGUGGUGGGGAUGGAACGGUGGGCUGGAUCCUUUCUAUUCUGGAUGAAUUGCAGCUGAGCCCUCAGCCUCCUGUCGGGGUCCUUCCUCUGGGCACCGGGAAUGACCUGGCUCGAACUCUCAACUGGGGAGGGGGCUACACUGAUGAACCUGUUUCUAAGAUCCUUUGCCAAGUAGAAGAUGGGACAAUUGUACAGCUAGAUCGCUGGAAUCUCCAUGUGGAAAGAAACCCAGACUUGCCUCCUGAAGAACUUGAAGAUGGCGUAUGUAAGCUUCCUCUGAAUGUUUUCAAUAAUUACUUCAGCCUUGGAUUUGAUGCCCACGUCACACUGGAGUUCCAUGAAUCCAGAGAAGCAAAUCCAGAGAAAUUCAACAGUCGUUUUCGAAAUAAAAUGUUCUAUGCAGGGGCAGCUUUUUCUGAUUUCCUACAGAGAAGCUCUAGAGAUCUUUCCAAACAUGUUAAAGUUGUCUGUGAUGGAACAGAUCUCACUCCAAAGAUUCAGGAACUCAAGUUCCAGUGUAUAGUAUUUUUAAAUAUACCCAGAUAUUGUGCUGGCACAAUGCCCUGGGGGAACCCAGGAGAUCACCAUGAUUUUGAACCUCAGCGUCAUGAUGAUGGUUAUAUUGAAGUCAUUGGAUUCACCAUGGCCUCCUUGGCAGCCCUGCAAGUUGGAGGCCAUGGAGAAAGGCUGCACCAAUGUCGGGAGGUCAUGCUGCUAACUUACAAAUCCAUCCCCAUGCAAGUGGAUGGGGAGCCCUGUAGGUUGGCCCCAGCCAUGAUUCGGAUCUCCUUGAGGAAUCAGGCCAACAUGGUACAGAAGAGCAAGAGGAGAACGUCCAUGCCUUUACUCAAUGACAUCCAUCAGGUGCAAGCUGCGGACCUGCGGAGAGUGUCUGCCCCCCCUGGCUCCUUCACCAUUCCCCAGUCUGUCCCAGACCGCCUGAGGAUCCGGGUGAACAAAAUCGGUUUACAAGACUAUGAAGGAUUCCACUAUGACAAAGAGAAACUCCGGGAAGCUUCCAUCCCUCUGGGUAUUCUAGUGGUGCGUGGAGACUGUGAUUUGGAGACUUGCCGUAUGUACAUAGAUCGCCUACAGGAGGACCUGCAGUCAGUUUCUUCUGGCUCCCAGAGAGUUCAUUACCAGGACCAUGAAACCUCCUUCCCCAGGGCUCUCUCAGCCCAGAGGCUCUCCCCACGGUGGUGCUUUCUAGAUGCAACUUCUGCUGAUCGCUUUUAUCGAAUAGACAGAUCUCAGGAACAUUUGCACUUUGUGAUGGAGAUUUCCCAAGAUGAGAUUUUUAUUCUGGACCCAGAUAUGGUAUUGUCACAGCAAGCAGGGACACCUCCGGGAAUGCCUGAUCUGGUGGUGGAGCAAGCCUCGGGAAUGUCAGACUGGUGGAAUCCUGCCCUGAGGAAACGCAUGCUGAGUGAUAGUGGGCUGGGAAUGAUAACUCCGCAUUAUGAGGACUCAGACUUGAAAGAUCUCAGCCACUCCCGUGUGCUACAGUCCCCAGUCUCUUCAGAAGAUCACGCAAUUUUGCAGGCAGUAAUAGCUGGUGAUCUUAUGAAGCUAAUAGAAAGCUAUAAAAAUGGAGGCAGUCUGCUAAUUCAGGGACCAGACCACUGUUCACUCCUUCACUACGCAGCUAAAACCGGCAAUGGGGACAUCGUGAAGUACAUCCUUGACCACGGACCUUUCGAGUUAUUGGAUAUGGCAGACAGUGAAACGGGUGAGACUGCACUGCACAAGGCUGCCUGCCAGCGGAACCGGGCUGUGUGCCAGCUUCUCGUGGACGCAGGAGCAUCUCUGAGAAAGACGGACUCCAAGGGUAAGACACCUCAAGACAGAGCACAGCAGGCUGGAGACCCAGAUUUGGCUGCUUACUUAGAAAGCCGCCUGAACUAUAAGAUCAUUGGCCAUGAGGACCUGGAAACUGCUGUUUGACCCUGAUAGACGGGCAAUGAGAACCUGCGCGAGCAUAUCACCUGUGCCCUCCCAGCGAUCGGGCAGCUCCCCUGGAAGAAGCCGAUGGAAACCAUAAGUCUGUCUCCUGCAAGAAUCUAUCUGAGACCAUGCCACCAAUUUUAAGGGCUCCCAAGAUGUACAAGAGAACAGAUAGCCCACUGACGAUGAGGCAGAAUAUCUGGAUGUGUGGAAUACGAGUUCCACGAAAUUUGGUCCUUAUUGCUUCCAGCAAGUAGCAUGAACUUCUGUGUUCACCUGUAUAAUUUAUUUUAAAGAUUCAAAGGAUGUUUGUAUAAAUGGCACUGCUCCCUCCUCCCUCUCUGCAUUCAUCUUUCCCCUAUACUGCACAACUCCACUGUGAUAACCCAUCAAUUGAAAAAAUAUGAUAUGAUCUGUUCUCUUUACAUGCAGUCUUUGAAGACCACAAGACUAUCUGAAGGUCUUUUAAAACCCUCUGGAUGUCCUGCAGAAAUAUAACUGUAAAACCGCUUCCAUUUCCAAGACUAAAUAUACCACGACUACUUAGUGACUUUUUGCAUGCCUCCUCCCCUCCCCUAUCCCUUUUCAUUAUAUAGGAGCUGGGAAGUGCCACAUGGAUAAUGUCAACUUGUGUGCUAUAUCUCUGAGGUAUGGUGAGGUGGCAUGGGAGUUGUCUGUGUGCAGAGGUACCUCAGAGAGGUAACCCAGGGGCAGCCCAGGUCACAGGCUGUUGCCAGUAGCCAUGAAGGACUGGGUCAGCUUGGGCUGUUUGUACAGCUCCGUACUGCCUAUGUGUAGCCAUCUUUGCCUUUUGCUGCAAUAGAGAUGAGCAAUGGAUUAAACAAAGGCCCGUAGCUAGUUUGCAGAACCACUCAAUUUUAAGUGCUGUUUAAAUUACAGAGCAGAAAACCAUGUGUGGGAACUGUGGUUACAGGAAAUGGAGCACUAGGACAGCAUUUACUUCUAGACUUUUUUGAGUGAUAAUAGAAAGCAGGCUGAUCGACUUGAAAUAAAACAGCAAAAGCAAAAGUAGCAACAUAUGUCAAAAUAACUCACUUAAGCAAGGAAGCAAUCACUGGAAUGUUGCACAGAGGCUAAUAGGUAUAUACUCUUGGGUACAGUGGUGAGAGGGGGCCCAUUUGAGAUUUUCCUUCUAAGGUUUUGGUUUUCAUUACCCCAAAUAAGCUGGUCCCAAGGACAGAGGCUUGUUUUAUGAAUUUCACUACCAGAUUUCUGGGAUGCUGGAUCUUUUUGAUGGAUGCCUCACCUAUUACUUGUCAGGUCCCAAGCUCAUACCUGAUAGCACUAUACCCCCACUUUUCAUGUAUGGGGUAGUCUAAUAUAUUCUUUUCUCUAUUUUCCCCUACCAGAAAGUUCUUAGUGCAGACCACUGUGGGAGCCUAGCUAGAAAUAUCUCUCUGGCAGUGGAAUUGCAACUUCUAAUCCUGCCACAGAUCAGUUGGUAUUUACGGGUACCUCUAUUAGGGACUCUUUGAUAACUAAAAUAUCAGGAGAAAAAGUCUUCUAACUUUCGGUGAAAAUAUCUACUUGACUUGAGUAUAGUUCAGAAAUGAAAGUGGGUGAUCAAGGGUUUUGCUUCAUACUAAAACUGAUGUCUUCUGACCUUUCUUACAUUUUGCUCUUAGACACAAACAAAGUGUUUCCCUAGUGUUUCUGCAUGUGAACAUAAAUGAUCAUUUCUCCACAUUUAAUUUAAAGGUCCAGUGAUGUUGCGUUGCUUUUCUGAUCACAUUUGGCCUCAUAUCAUUUUGAAAGUACAGGUAGUGAUAUACUAUGUUCAGUAGGAAUAGCCUCUCAGUGGAUGGGGACUAAGUCUCUCCUUAGUCGUUCCAAAACCAAAUUGUUGGCAUUAUUUCCAGCUGUGGGAGAAUGGGUUGGUUGUGAGUAAUCUAUUUCCAUAUAUCAGUCUUAGAAAUGGAACUAUCUUUUGGGUUUUAUGGUGAGGGAAGGAGGGAGUACAGUAGAUUGUUUCCAGAAGCUGGAAAAAAAUAUGCUCCAGGAGAAUUUAAUCACUGGGUUUCUAUUGGGAGUUUUUCAGUUGGUGGAACUGUCAAGGAGAUGCUGUGAUGACAGAAAUAUAAUCCUUAAAACAGACUGGAAUCUGGCUUUGAAUGGUGCCUUCCAUUCCCCAGAUAGAGCCAAACAUUUGACCACGCAGUCAGUUACCCAGCUGCCAUUGGUGUGAUGGAGGAGUCUAUUUUCACCAACUACUGUCUCAUAUUUCUCUGUGAUGCUCAAAGCAGCCCAGAGAAAAUUUAGGGUACAGGUGGCUCUGGGCCAAUUCAAAUAGCUCCAGUUGAAGUCACAAGUAAAUUCCUGGUAUGAAAAUAGAUGAGGUACUGACUACUGUAGGGGUCCUGGUACAUUUGGAAAUCAUUCCAAACUGAAAAAAAAACAAAAAACAAAAAAUAUUAAAGUCCUACGUUAUUGAUGGGGAGUGAUAUAUGACCAAGGCAAAUAUCUCUUUGAAAAAGCAAAUACCCCGAGGACCUGGGCUUUCCAAAAAAAGAACAUCAAAAAUGAACAGAACAGUUAUGUAUUUAGUGGCUUAAACCUUAAAUCUACCUCCUGCGACAGUUUUAUUUUUAAUUGAUCACUGCGUGUGACAGUCCUGGGCUUUAGAAAGAGCUAAGACCAUAUGCUCCAGGAGUUUCCAACUCAGCGUACAUUUAUAGUAUCCCCUUUAGUGGGCCACCAGGAGUAUAGAAGCAAAUGGUCUGGCCCUGGUCUGAAAACCCACAUAGCUUUGAAAGACUGAAAACUAUAUACCUAUAGAAAUAUUUUCUACAAAGCCUACUGAGACAGUAUUGCAAAGAGUGACUGACUAAGCUGACCUUCCUCUGUGUUUGGCUUAGAAGAAAGCCCUUUGUGUGGUGGCACUGUCUGCUCUGGGAUUCCAUUUUUAGAUUAGGCAGAUAGAGGGAUGAGAAAUGGAGUGUUCUUAAAAGACAACAUCACAUAACCUUAAAGUUGGUCAUUUUUGAAGCCUUAUAUUCCAGUAUUCCACCUUUACUGAAAUAGAACCCCGUUAAGCUGUGCUUUAUCACAUUCAAGGACUUGAGAAAGAACAGAAGCCAAGAAGGGAAUAAACACCAUGGCUGGGAAUUUCGCUGUAAGAGUUCUGGUUACCUCUAUAGAGGUUAUAACCUAAAACCAACACAAUUUCUGAAACAGAGAAUUUAGCUGGUGAGUACACAGCCAUGAAAUUAGUGAUGACUGAUGGAAAGCCUCUCAUCUCCAGUGGCCCCCCCAUCCUUUCGUCAUAGCUGCCCUCAGUGCUUAGGCAGAUCUGUCUGCACUGAGAGAUACUCAACAGGUGGUUAUUUUUGUUUGGACCUAGAAGCAGUUUCUUUGCCUAAAGGAUUUUGAAAUUUAUUUACUAGACUCCUCAUAAUAUUCAAGUCUUAGAAAAUGUGGGGCAGCAGUUUUUUUUUUUUUAACAUGUCAACUUUAUUUAAAAUAUUUGGAUUUUUUAAUUAUAAGAGUAGAACAUGCUUUUUAUAAAAAGCUCUAAUACCAUAGAUGAGUAUCAUGUGCAAAGUCAACAUGUUCCUCAGUGCUGGUGUAGUGUCCUCACUUCCACUCCCUAGAGAUAAAGUGUUAACACUGAUAAACAUUGUUGCUUGUAUGUUAUGCAAAAAAUACUCUGCAUACACAAGCCACCCCCCGACAUAUAGAAAUGUAUUUAUUUGUAUACAUAUAUGUGUAUAUAUACUAUAUACACAUAUUUUGCAUAGGUUUAAAAAAGAUAAAACAUUUUAGAAGCAUGCCGAUCAUCUAUAUAUGUGUAGUUAACACCAACAGACAAAGAUAAGGUAACAGAAAAUUUUCAUUUAUUCUUUGUUGGUUCUACUGUUACUAAGCUUAGUUCUAUUACUGCAGCAUUCCAGUUGCACAUGGUAUUUGUUAUUGCCUGUGUCAUAAAAUCCAUGACCAAGAGGUCUCAUAAUUGUUUAUGCUACCUUUCAUGAAGCAUUAAACCCACCUGAGCCCAGAGACUUGUCUGCUACUUUUGGAUCUCAAGUGGAGAGUUCCUUCCUCUGUGAUGCUGACAUCUCUUUACAAGGCUGAGUUUACAGGGCUAACAUUCAGUAGGUUGCCUAAUGAUAUUUAAUUAGGGCAAGCUACUGCCAGGAAGGUGUAAUAACUUGGAUGUGGGCUGGGGUCUGAGUAGCUUGGCUGACUUCCAGUAGGAGUAGCUAAUGAAAUCACUGAGAACAGCAUGAUAUUUUAUUCAAUUAUGCUAUUUAAAAAUAACAUAGAUCAUUGUUAAAAUGACUCAUCAUAACUAUCAAAUAAAACUACAAAUUGCUCUACUUAAAUGAAUUAUUUUCAUUUUAGGGAAAAAAUAGAACAUUUGUUAGAGAGUUUUCUAAUUAAUCUUUAACAUUUACUUAAUAUAAAAUAGCUUCUGCUCAGGUCUUAAUAGAGCCAUCCCUGAAUCUCUCAACUUUCUCAUUCUCUGAACUCCACGUUCAGCUGACUGGAAGUCUUAUAGGUUUCUCUCUGCUGAGCCUCUCAGAUUGACUUUGGCCCCAUCUCUUUUCUGUAUCCUAGUCAUCACUCAUCUCUAGUCUUUCCAAUUGUCUGACUAUGGCAAUAGUCCUGCUCCUGGACUUUCUGCCACUACCUUCAAUAAUUUUGUCACACAGAUGCCCAAAUCUCCCCCAGAUGUUAUGCUCAAAAUGGAUCAAAGAGAAAUUACCCUCUGGGACAAGUAUCCACUUUGCCCAAAGGACAAAUACACGUUCACUGACCUUCAUCAUCUUACAGAGCUAUAACAAGCCUUGUUCUGGGAAGUAAUCUGACAGAUAGGUUUAGCAAAUUUCUUAGUCACACCAUGAGAGUACACAAUCAUGGCAGCUUCUUCUACAUCCAACCAUAUAAACAAUAUGCCUCCUUCAAGUCACUUGGAUGGCUGGAUUAUAUAUAUAUUAUACUCCUACUGGCCAUCUGUGGAUUUUAGGCUGUCUCCCCACAGUUGAAUGAGAAACCUAAAAGUAGGAACUAAACAGGGAGUAGUGCCCCUGGACACCCUGUGCUCCUGGGACACUGAGAGUCACUGAACUGGCCUCAAAAAGAAAGCAGAAAGAAUAAUUCUUAGGCUGUUAAAGCAUUUCAUUUUAAACUAGAGAUUUGAAUAUUGGAUGGUAUCCUCAUGGACAGAUUCCAGAGUCUAUUUAUAUACGUAUUCAGUCGUUCAGCAUGCAUUCAUGUUCAUGAAUCAAUCAUACAUUCUUGUAGUUAAUUAUUUAUUUAAAAAUAUAUUUAUCACUUACUCUCAUGCAGUCACCAUACCUAAGAUAUAAGAAUGAAUGCAAGAGACAAAACUCUUGGCUUCAUGGAGCUGGCAGUCUAGGAGAUAAGACAAAUUCCGAUGGGAUCAGUUCUGUGCAGGAGAACCCCCAGGUCCUAGGGGAACAUGAACUGAGGGUUCAGUCAAGCCUGUAUUGUACCAGCCACUCUUUAGCCAGCAAUGUUGUAGACUUGGAAGUAUGAGAUGAGAAUAGGAAUAUGAAAGAAAUGACAUUUUGCAUUUCCUUUUUCUUGGAGUCUUGGAACUGUUCUCAAAAUGCAUUUGAAACCAAGACUUUAAGAUGAGACUUAGAAACACUACUAAAAUGAGAGCUAAAACUCAUUUAUCCUAUAUCUCAAGGACAGAACUAGAAACAAUGGGCAAAAUUUGCAGUGGGUUUUGAAUAAACAUAAAGAUGAAGUAUAAAUAUUGUCAAACAGUAGAGGGGGCACGCUUAUGGAGUUGAAAACUUUCAGCCACUGGCAGUAUUUAAACAGAAUAUACGAGACCACCUGGAAGGACAUUGUGAUAAACAAGUGUAUCUGAGGGACCUGGAAUUUGAUUCUGUGAAUUUUUAAAUUUUUCUUUUAAAAUGACGUUGAAUGGCAGGGUUUUAUUUUAAAAAUUUAUGAAACUCUUGACGUUUAAUCUUGAAAACAUCACUUUGUGCGAGGCUUUAAAAUUUGGGGGAGAGUGACCUUUAGAUUUAAAAAUUUUUAAACCAACUAGGCAUGAACUUAAGAGCUAGUGAAGAAAAACAUACUAAGAGGUAUAACUUCCUGCAAAAUACUCCUGGAAGCAUUAAGGGUUUUGAUGAAUAUUCUUAGGCAUUCUUAAGCAAAGUCCUAUUAGAAAUCUGUUUUACUGUCUGUCCAGUAUAAAAAAGUGCUGUGAUCUGAUAUUCUUAGAAUUAAAUGUAAUCUAAUAUAACCACAGAAGAAAAUUCUGCCUGAGAGAUAUUUGGGAUCCAAGUAAAUGUAUGUGAAAGCAAUCAUGGAAAAUGCCUUGGCUUCUGCUCCUGGCAUGAUAAUUACAAUGGAGGGCUUGCCCAUGGAAAUAAGAAAGUGAUGACUCUGGUUUUUCCCCAUUUUCCAAUGUUUCAAUAUUUUGAGCCAAAUGGCAUCUUAAAUGGGAGUCUUUAACUGUGGGAACAGCUGAAACUCUCUUGUUUCUCAAUCUUUUAGUGAAACACGUAUAGCUUUCAACCGAAAAUAGCUUAAACAACUCAAAUCUAUACUGUUUAUUAAUAACAAUUUCGGUAAUUUUUAAAAUGUUAGUGCUUUAGCAUUUUUGACACUUUUGAGCUUCAUUACAAACCCAUGAGGUGGAUAAUGCAGAUAAUGCAUUUUACGUAGAUAGAUGGAAUCUCUGCGCAGUGAAUUCAACUUGCGCAGAUUCGUAUAGUAAGUGGUAGAACCGCCUCCAGAGCUUAGAUAUUAGCAGACAAACGUGUAUACAAUAGAUGUUUUCUAAGUAAAUAAUUUUUCACCGUUGCUUCAAUGCUGUUUUACAUCAAUCAUUCCAAUUUCCAUAAUUUAGAAGGCGCCUCCUUGAAAAAAUAUUUACCUAAGAUCCCAUACCAAGAGUUGGUUAGAACUGAGGCAGAAAAUGGAGUUAAAAAUGGAGAGUUUUUCCUAUCAGACAGAUUUCAACAGCAUUAUCAGCUUGGACAUAUUUCAAGGGCAAAAAAGGUCAAAUGUUUUGGAACCGAGGUGGAUUUCACAAGAAGAAAUGAACACCAAGGAUGACUUCUUGGCUUCUCUACUUUAUGAUUCUCAGCAUUUAAGAAUGUUAGUACUAUUUUCUCUUCUUGGAAGUCACUAUUGGAAUGAUAUUAUUUCAGAAUGCUGCACCAAAGUGUUGAAAAUGGUCUUGCCAUUCAAGACUCCAUUGCUUUACGUUUAUGGCUGGGUAUGCACAGCUAAGUCCAUACAUAGUCACGUACAUAGAGACCCAGUACAGCUAUGGGAAGUCAUGCUGCGCUGGAAGUGGAAAGAACCAACGGGCCUGAGCUGUUCUUCAAUUCUGAAUCUCAUAUUUUACAAGGCAUCUCGAUGAGCAGAUUCGUGAAUAUGUAGAAGAGGGAUGUUUGAUCUGGAAAGAAGACAAAAUUGGAUUAGGAAUAGGACUGUUUGGAGGAAACAGGUUAAGUAGGACUGUUAUAUUCAAGUUCUGUAGGGCAGACAAUUGGCAGAAUAAAAUAGAGACAGAAGCAAUCAGGAACAGAAAUAAAAAGGAGGUAGGCUUGUUACUUAUAUAAGGAUUUUUUUUUUCUUAAACAUUACAUCCAGAGAAAAUGGAUUGGACUUUCUAAAAAGACAGAGUGAACUUAUUGCAGCUAGUGUUUCUUCUAGUAUUUAAGUGAAAACUGAACAGCUCAAUCAGGGACCAUGUAAAAGCAGGUCCUUACUUGUGAGGGGAGGGAGCUUAGACUAAAAGACUUCUGUGCUAUUCUCCAGGUUUAGCUUUCUACGACUUUAGAGCAGAACUCAAUUAGGGCCCUUUUCCCAGCCUCCCCCGUCCCCCAGGUUCCUGCCACGUAGAUGACAAUGAAAGCAUUUUUGUAAAAACACCAGUCAUUGAAAAUAUAACCCAGAUCAUUUAGAAGCAGGUAUUUCAUGACCCUAAAAUAAAAUUUGCUUUCCUUUUACAUGCACAUACACUUUACCCAAUGGCUAGCCAAUUCCCAAAUCUCCUGAAUAAGAUAUAUGUUUCUACUAAGUCAGAACAGUCACAAGUUCAGGAAUUAAAGUGAAAACAAAGGAUCUAGUGUUCAUUUUCAUAUUUUCUACCCAUUUGUUGUUGGAGGUGUGCAGAUCUCUAUAUUUUAUGGUAAAGCACGGAGGCAAUUUCUAUAACUUACUGUCUUUAAAUAAGACAACCUCACAUCACUGGA